CUUUACCCUUUACCUUCUCCUUCCCCCAUUUUCUUCCCCUUCCCCCUCCUCCCCAGCGCUCUUUACCCGGAAGUAGACUAGACCACCUGGAAACGGAAGCUGGCACACGCUGUGCAAUAUUAAGGCGGAGGUGGCAGAGGCAUGUUGAUGGAAUGCGACCUUUAGAGGAGCCGGAUCCGGAGUUGUCCGCCCCCAGGUUCCAGGUGAGGAGCCAUGGCGACGUCUCAGAAGCACCGUGACUUCGUGGCCGAGCCCAUGGGAGACAAGCCUGUGGGGUGCCUGGCAGGCAUCGGAGAAGUGCUGGGAAAGAAACUUGAGGAUGAAGGUUUCGACAAGGCCUAUGUGGUCCUGGGCCAGUUCCUGGUUCUGAAAAAAAAUGAAGACCUCUUUCGGGAAUGGCUCAGAAAAACCUUUGGAGCCAACGCCAGGCAGUCUCGGGAUUGCUUUGUCUGCCUUCAAGAAUGGUGCAAUGCCUUCUUGUGAGCCCUGUGCCUGGGGGGACCGGCCCCACUUUCUUCCCAAGAUGGGUCCUCUCAUUUAGCAUCUUCAAUUGGGAAAUCCUGUCCCUCUUUCUCCACCUUACAAGAAAAGGAAAGAUUUUUGCUGCUGUCCCUACUCGGGACACUUUCCCCACUCCAUCUUCCUUUUGAUUCCGGACUCCUAUUCUUUCCUCAGCUUGCCUCUUGGCCCAUAAAGUUCAUUGGCGAUAGUUACUAGCAUUUCUGGGUGGGUCUUUGGAGUGGUUUCCCCACCCCCUAAGCCCCCACUUUCUGAUCUCUUUAUGUCAUUAGGAUAACUUUGGCAGAAGGGCAUUCACUGUCAUUGUAAAGAAUUUUUUAAAACCAAUAAAGUCAGCAACAAGGGAAAAACAAAAACAAAAAACAACUGAGCAUGAAAAAGUUUGGGAAAUUUUGAUCUUCCAUAAUUUGCUGAUAUCAAGCAGAUUGUAGGCCUGUGUAGCACUUUAAGUUUUCCAGAAUCCUUUACAGGUAUUUUGAGCCUCAUAACAACAUUGAUAUUAUGGAUAAACCGAGGCUCUUAGAAUUUGAGUGACUUGCCCAUUGUCGCAUUUUAUUGUAAAUGAUGGAUUGGAAACUUGAACCUACUUCAAGGAACUACUUCAGUAGUUCAGGCCUUCUCUGUAUUGGGAGGGAACAAUCCCCUACCCCGUUAUAUGAGGAUUAGAUUUUAAUGUUAUCAACCAAUCCAUAUCUCUUUAUUUUUAUCAGUGUCUUGGAUUAUUUUUGUCGUUAUAUAAAAGUUGUCUAAUUCUUUGGGGUAUAUAGGAAGGUCUCAGGGUCUUUUGAUCUUGACCAGAAGUCCAGCUUUAUUGGGAUAUUGGGCCUCUCUGAAUAAACCUAUUUCUUUAUGGCUUGGA